AUGCGAGCCAACAAAAUUUUUCUACGCUACUAUCCACCAGGUCUGGCCUUAAAUUACCGCGCUGCCGAUAAUACCGAUCGUUUGCGACACUUUGAUCUUCUCGACCUCGAUGUCAAAACAAAUGUGGAUGCACUGGCGGACAGUAUACUGCUGCAUGAAUUGCAGACACACGAUUCAAUCAGCACCUCCUCUGCUAGUUCUAGUAAUUUAAAUUCAAACGUUCUUGAUAAGCCCGUCAUAGGCGGUGAAGUUGGUUUGUCCGCUACCGUGACCGCAUCCAGUUCUCAAGAUACCUUUAGUGCCUUGAAACAGGCGAUCAACAAAUUGCAACGAAAGCUGCUUGAGCCCGUCAAAAAGAAGUUCUAUCUGCACAAGCGCCAUGUGUCGCACAUUCUGCCGCUUACGAAUGUCUGCUUUGAUCGUGGAGGCGAACGCUGCCUGACUGGCAGCUACGACCGGACCUGCCACGUUAUAAACACCAACACAGCAGAAGUAGAACAUGUGCUGACAGGACAUGACAACGUCGUUUUCUCCGUCGGGUUCAACACGCCAAGAUGGUCAGUAAGCUAUGGUUUUUGGAAUAAUGCCAUCCUCUUUUCUACAUUUUAUAGCGAUAAGGUGGUCACCGGCUCCUUCGACGCAACGGCCAAAGUUUGGUCUGCAGCAAGCGGCCAAUGUUUGUGCACGCUUUAUGGGCACAACGCUGAACUUGUCGCCGCCGAAUUUCAUCCGUUGCACACUUACGGUUUGGCCACCGCAUCUUUAGAUGGUACAGCCCGUGUGUACGAUGUGGAGACGGCACAGGAGUUACAACAGCUCAGUCACCAUAGCGCAGAAGUGAUUGCAGCUCAUUACAAUCGCGAUGGCCAACUGCUGCUAACAGGUUCCUUUGAUCGUACGGCCGCUAUUUGGGAUACGCGCAGCAAUAGCUGCAGUCAUCAGCUACGCAGCCACAGCGCUCAGUUGUCCAACUGUGUGUGGAACUUUAGCGGAUCGCUGAUUGCCACGGGGUCUCUAGAUAACACUGCGUGCAUUUGGGAUGUGCGUCGCUUGGACCAGCCGCUGCACCUAAUCUCCACGCAUAGUGAUGAGGUGCUGGAUGUUAGCUUUGAUGCUGCUGGCAAACUCCUGGCCACCUGCAGCAGUGAUUGUACUGCUCGAGUUUGGCAAGUGAGUGGCGCCAUGGAAGAGCUGUCGGUCAUGGCUGGACAUUGCGAUGAGGUAUCCAAGGUAUGCUUCAGUCCGAGUGGCUGCAUGUUGCUGACCGCCUCAGCGGACAAUACGGCACGUCUGUGGUUGACAGAAUCGGGAAUGUGCUCCCAAGUAUUAGCCGGCCAUGAAGCAGAAGUGUUUUCAUGUGCGUACAGUUAUGCGGGAGACACUAUUAUCACCGCUUCUAAGGAUAACACCUGCAAAUUCUGGAGAUGA